ACUCAAGUACCUCCCCGGACUACUAGCUCACACCAGCGGUACCCAGCCCACACCGGCAGAUCAGCUGCGAGCUAGUAGACAUCGACCGGACCGACCAACAGGAGCAGCAAGCCGGGCUAGCUCGCUCGCUCGCUCGCAAUGGCUUCCAUCAUCGUGCAGGCGGUGGUCAUCCUCCUGGACGUCAUCGCCUUCGGCCUGGGCGUCGCCGCCGAGCAGCGCCGCAGCCGGGCCACCGUCACCCCGGACGCCGCCAAGGAGUACGACUACUGCGUCUACGACUCCGACAUCGCCACGGGCUACGGCGUCGGCGCGCUGCUCCUCCUCGCCGCCGCGCAGGUCGUGCUCAUGCUCGCCAGCCGCUGCUUCUGCUGCGGCCGCGGGCUCAAGCCGGGAGGCUCCCGCGCCUGCGCCCUCAUCCUCUUCCUCUUCACAUGGGUGACCUUCCUCAUCGCGGAGGCGUGCCUGCUGGCGGGAUCAGUACGCAACGCGUACCACACCCGGUACAGGGGCGUAUUCUACGGCGAGUCCCUCUCAUGCGAGACGGUGCGGAAGGGCGUCUUCGCUGCUGGCGCGGCAUUUACCUUCUUCACGGCCAUCCUGGGCGAGGUAUACUACCUCAGCUACUCCAAAUCCCGAGAUGCCGCUGGUGGUGCUGGCUCCAGCAUUGGCAUGGGCCCUUACAACUAAAGGAGCUUGAUCGAGGCAGGCAGGCAGCCCCCGUGUUUUCAACUCUGCUUCGUGGUGGAUGAAUGCAGUGUUCUUUUUAACAUUACCUUAGUAGGGACGGUGUAAUUGGUUGUUGGAUCCGCGGUUUUUUCCUCUCUCUUUAGGUUCUUGUAUGAGGUUACUCGGUUGGGCCGUAUACUGUUUGGAUUAUUGGGCUGGAUUCUGGACAUGGUAUACACGUAUUCGUAGUAUGCUAUGCUGUUUAUAUGUAUGUGAAAGAAAUAAUAGAAGCGUUGCAUCGUCUAUCCAAA